GGAGCUGGUGGCGCAGGCAAUGGUGGCGCAGGCAAUGGUGGCGGAGCUGGCGGCGCAGGCAAUGGCGGCGGAGCUGGCGGCGCAGGCAAUGGCGGCGGAGCUGGCGGCGGAGCCAAUGGCGGCGGAGCUGGCGGCGGAGGCAAUGGCGGCGGAGCUGGCGGCGGAGGCAAUGGCGGCGGAGCUGGCGGCGGACGCAAUGGCGGCGGAGCUGGCGGCGGACGCAAUGGCGGCGGAGCUGGCGGUGGAGGCAAUGGUAGCACAGCUGGUGGCGGAGCUGGCGGCGGAGCUGGCGGCGGAGGCAAUGGUGGCGGAGCUGGCGGCGGAGGCAAUGGUGGCGGAGCUGGCGGCGGAGGCAAUGGUGGCGGAGCUGGCGGCGGAGGCAAUGGUGGCGGAGCUGGCGGCGGAGGCAAUGGUGGCGGAGCUGGCGGCGGAGGCAAUGGUGGCGGAGCUGGCGGCGGAGGCAAUGGUGGCGGAGCUGGCGGCGGAGGCAAUGGUGGCGGAGCUGGAGGCGGAGGCAAUGGCGGCGGCGCUACUGGUGGCGGUGCGGAUGGUGCAGGCCACAGCACUCCGUCAUCCACGGCCUCCCCUGCCAGUGCUACCGCAGGCAGUGGUGGCCAUGGCAAGACCAGCACGGCUCCAGCUGCUACGACCAGAAGUAUUCCACAACGCGAUCAUUGGCUCUAUUCCUCUCAGCGUCGGACUGUUAACAAUGGUCCGGCACCCAAAACCUGCUCACCCGGAACCACGAGCCGUAACGAGUGUGGCGAUAGCUGCACAUGCCAGGAGUCUGGUCAUUGGAAAUGCUGUCGGCGUCGCCGGGAAGUCCUGCAUGUAACCGAGCACGCACCCAGACUCAUGGCGGCAUGGAUGCGAGCAAUGGCUGAUGUUCGAUCCUCACCCAAGACCGCAAAGGCAUACCGGGCACUAGUGG